AUGGCCGACGUCGAGAUGCCUGAUGCUGCCAACAACGCAUCCGAGGAACCCAAAGGAAAGGCUACAGUCAAGGCAUCCAAAUCAGCAGCCGCGGACGGAGAUAGCAAGAAACGGUUCGAAGUCAAGAAGUGGAACGCCGUUGCUCUAUGGGCGUGGGACAUCGUCGUCGACAACUGCGCCAUCUGCCGGAAUCAUAUCAUGGAUCUAUGCAUCGAGUGUCAAGCAAAUCAGGGUGCCGCGACAACGGAGGAAUGCACCGUGGCUUGGGGAAUCUGCAAUCACGCCUUCCACUUCCAUUGUAUUUCUCGCUGGCUAAAGACAAGACAAGUCUGCCCACUGGACAACCGAGACUGGGAAUUCCAGAAAUAUGGCCGUUAA